GGGACCUCGCUCCCCAUUGGUUGCGACUGUGGGGGCGGGACAAGGCGGGCAGGGAGGUGAUUGGCGGGUCGUCGCCCCGCGUCCCUGGAGUGGCUGGCGGAGCCGUCAAUCAUACAGGAUGGGGCGGGGCGCUCCCGGGGAUCCGACGGUAUAAAAGGCUGCGAGCGGCUGCAGAGCGGAACAUAGCGGCUGGGACACGGGGGGCAGGUUCACUCACUUACUCGCUGGCUGGACCAGCGCUGGGCGUUCGCAGUAUGGAGCCCUGCCACCCUGCACCGUGCCCCGUUUGCCCCGCCUGGUUUGGAAGCAGGUGGGAACGCAAGUCGAGGAAGAAGGCGUCGGCCAACAUCUUCCAGGACGUGAACCUGGGGCAGAUGGAAGCCUUGUUCAGGAAGAGCGGAGACGAGAACGCGGACGAGAGAGCAAGAAUCAUCUGGGAGAAAGACAAGCAAACGGACCAAGACAUCACCCAGGCACUGAUGGAGCUCAAAUCCAAGAAGACUCAACUCUUUUUCCAGCACAACAGAAGUGGUGCAGAAUUCUUGGGACUGAUCUGGGUCAAAGCCUUUAACAAACUGCGCAUCAAGGAUGGAGAGUGGGGUUGUGAGCUGGAAUCCGGCGGCGUGGCAGAAAGGUCACUGAGGAGCAAGAUGAAACGGAAGAGAUUAAUCGCCAAGAGGUCGUUUAGGAACCUGCUGUAAAAACGAGGACUUGUCAGCGUCGGAUGCUGCUACCUACAACCUUAAAAAAAAAAGUACACGACUAAAUGUACACCAAGAAACCACCAACUUGCAAUAAUUUGCAGACUACUGGGGAAAUGAACUUCAUGUAUUUAAAAACAAAUGUCUACAUUGCUUUUGUGAUUUUAUUUAAAAAUUCUAAACACUAAAACCGUCUUUGCGAAUGAACAAUUUCAUUCCGUUUUAUAUUAAAAACAAUGUCUUUUGCAUUUCAAUAAAUUUGUGUCAUUAAUUUCA